GGCUCAAGUGAUCCUCCCAUCUCAGCCCCCAGGGUAUGUGGGACUACAGUCACGUGCCACCACCGCAGGCCUCCUGUAUUCGUACAUGUAUACAGUAACUCACAAUUAAAGCGUAAAGAAAUACAAGAUCUAGUCAAGGGUAUUGGGAGAACUGGCCUAGAACUUUCUUCUUUCACUAAAGAAAAUUUUAACUCUUAAGAAAUAUUCAUAAUACAAUCGUCAUCGUAGUCCAUAAAAUCGGUAUUUUUAGUUGCCAAAAUUAGAAGUUGCAUACAAUUACAAGAGUAAAAUAGAAUUAUAAAACGGUACGUUAGGUUUAAGGUUUAUGGCCGGGUGGGGCGGCUCACGCACUUUGGGAGGCCGAGGCAGGCGGAUCGCUGGAGACCAGGAGGAUCGCUGGAGACCAAGAGAGCGGGACCCAGUCUCUACAAAAUAAAAAUAAAAUGUGGGGAGAGGGUGACGUUUUCCAGGUACAGAGGGGAGGUCCGGGCAGAAGCGCAGGGAGAAAGUAUGAAUAUGCUGAGCGUAUUCCGGGAGCAGCAAGUAAGCCGGUGUGACCGGAGGGAAACGGAGGCCUGGAUGCCGGACGGUGAGGGUGACUGCGCCAGCGUCCGCCCAAGAAGUCUCCCCGCUUUCCCGCCUUUCCUCAGCCUUCGGCCCCUUUUUGCUUGCCUUUUGCGCUGUGCUGACUCCGCCCCUCCGCCGGCGCCCGUGGCCUCGCUCCUGAGGGAAACAGGCCGGAGGUGGGGCCGGCGUGGUCAUCUCCGUGCGCCUUCCCUCAGGGCGCCGAGCCGCUGGCGCCGUCUGUCUGACGUCACGGUCACUGACAGCGUGAGCCCGCGGCGGCUGCUGCCAUGGUGGCUGGCGGCCGGGUAAGGUUCUGAGUGGAUCUCCUGCCGGGCCAGAGCGCGUUCCUGGGCCGCAGGGGAAGGCCGGGAGUUUGCAGCCAGGGCGGCGGGUUUGUGGUCUGCAGUGUUGUGAGGCUGAGGUGCAGGAUGUCUAGACUGGGAGCCCUGGGUGGUGCCCGUGCCGGGCUGGGACUGUUGCUGGGUACCGCCGCCGGCCUUGGAUUCCUGUGCCUCCUUUACAGCCAGCGAUGGAAACGGACCCAGCGCCAUGGCCGCAGCCACAGCCUGCCCAACUCCCUGGACUAUACGCAGACUUCAGAGACCGGACGCCAGGUGAUGCUCUUGCGGGCUGUCUCAGGUGGGGCUGGAGAUGCCGCAGUGCUGCCCAGCCUUCCACGGGAAGGACAGGAGAAGGUGCUGGACCGCCUCGACUUUGUGCUGACCAGCCUUGUGGCACUGCGGCGAGAGGUGGAGGAGCUGAGGAGCAGCCUGCGAGGACUUGCCGGGGAGAUUGUUGGGGAGGUCCGAUCCCACAUGGAAGAGAACCAGAGAGUGGCUCGGCGGCGAAGGUUUCCGUUUGUCCGGGAGAGGAGUGACUCCACUGGCUCCAGCUCUGUCUACUUCACGGCCUCCUCGGGAGCCACAUUCACAGAUGCUGAGAGUGAAGGGGGUUAUACAACAGCCAAUGCGGAGUCUGACAAUGAGCGGGACUCUGACAAAGAAAGUGAGGACGGGGAAGAUGAAGUGAGCUGCGAGACUGUGAAGAUGGGAAGAAAGGAUUCUCUGGACCUGGAGGAGGAGGCAGCUUCGGGUGUUGUGCCCAGUGCCCUGGAGGCUGGAGGUUCCUCAGGCUUGGAGGAUGUGCUGCCUCUCCUGCAGCAGGCUGACGAGCUGCACAGGGGUGAUGAGCAAGGCAAGCGGGAGGGCUUCCAGCUGCUGCUCAACAACAAGCUGGCGUAUGGAAGUCGGCAGGACUUUCUCUGGCGCCUGGCCCGAGCCUACAGUGACAUGUGUGAGCUCACUGAGGAGGUGAGCGAGAAGAAGUCAUAUGCCCUAGAUGGAAAAGAAGAAGCAGAGGCUGCUCUGGAGAAGGGAGAUGAGAGUGCUGACUGUCACCUGUGGUAUGCGGUGCUUUGUGGUCAGCUGGCUGAGCAUGAGAGCAUCCAGAGGCGCAUCCAGAGUGGCUUUAGCUUCAAGGAGCAUGUGGACAAAGCCAUUGCUCUCCAGCCAGAAAACCCCAUGGCUCACUUUCUUCUUGGCAGGUGGUGCUAUCAGGUCUCUCAUCUGAGCUGGCUAGAAAAAAAAACUGCUACAGCCUUGCUUGAAAGCCCUCUCAGUGCCACUGUGGAAGAUGCCCUCCAGAGCUUCCUAAAGGCUGAAGAACUACAGCCAGGAUUUUCCAAAGCAGGAAGGGUAUAUAUUUCCAAGUGCUAUAGAGAACUAGGGAAAAACUCUGAAGCUAGGUGGUGGAUGAAGUUAGCCCUGGAGCUGCCAGAUGUCACGAAGGAGGAUUUGGCUCUCCAGAAGGACCUAGAAGAAUUGGAAGUCACUUUAGGAGACUAACCACAUUUCACUGGCCUUCAUGACGAUGCUACUAUUUAAGCGGGAGGGGGGGAAGGCUUUUUUCCUUAGACCUUGCUGAGAUCAGGAAACCACACAAAUCUGACUCCUGGGUCUGACUGCUACCCAGUACCAUUCCCCAUUAGUUAAUUUAUUCUAACCUCUAACCUAAUCUAGAAUUGGGGCAGUACUUGUGGCUUGGGUUUCUGUUAUUCUCUCCCUUGAGUAAUCUCUUGAAAAAAAUCAAGAUUCACACCUGCCCCAGGAUUACACAUGGGUGGAGCCUGCUGGUGACGUGGAUGAACUUCAAAGCUAUAGGAACAAAGCACAGAACUUGUCACUUUAAUCUUUUUCACUGACGAAUAGGCCUCAAUACAUAUAGUCCUAAGAUCAUACCUUACCUACCAAGGUAAAAGGGAUCAGAGUAGCCCACAGGCAUUGCUUUCUUAUCACCUAUCAUGUGAAUUCUACCUGUAUUCCUGGGCUGGACCACUUGAUGACUUCCAGAGUCCUGUUAGCUUUUGGAAUGACAGCAGUGGUAUGGGGUUUAUGAUGCUAUAAAACAAACAAUGUCUGAAAAGUUGCCUAGAAUAUAUUUUGUUACAGACUUGAAAUAAACCAAAUUUGAUGUUA